AUGUGAAGUAGUUUUAUGCGCUGAGGACAAAGAGCGUCGCGUGUUUCUGUGUCAGUCAUGGAGGAGAUCAGCAGUGUAGCUGUUCUCAAUACACACUCCUCCACUUCUUCCUCUUCCUCCGCUGAUCCGUCAGCGGUGGAAUCCCCUGCUCAAAGCCAAACCCGGCAGGCUGUCAAGGAAGAGCCCUCUCAGAUUUUCCAACUCAAGCAAGCCCCCAAUUCUCUGAUCCGAGUCAUUGAGAAGCUCAGCAAAAUAGUGGAGAAGCGUCCCCAGCGUAGCUGCAUCUCGGCGGCACAGAAAAGAGCGUUUCAACAGGCCUCUUCUGCACGAGGAGGAGGUGAUGACGGGGCGAAGGGGAGCAGAGGAAGCUCUCCCAUUAAGAAAAUAAAGAGGAAUGUCAAGUUGGUGAAAACAGAUGGCAGCACAGCUGACCGGGCUCUUUCUCCACCUGUGUCAGGCGACAGUAACAAUAACAACGUCACCUCCACUGUAACAGAGAUAUGUGACAACUCCAACAGCAGCAACCAAAAGUGGACAGUAACAUGCUAUCAGUGCAGCCUGUGUCCAUUCCUCUCCCAAACACUGCCUCUGCUCAAAGAGCACCUGAAGCAGCACAAUGAGCAGAACAGUGAUGUCAUCCUCAUGUGUUCCGAGUGUCGCUUUACCUCCAGAGACCAGGGGCAGCUUGAGGCACAUGUCAGGCUGCACUUCGACAAUGGAGGAAACCUGAAGAGGGAUUACCCUCCGUCUGAUACUUACAGCGAUGGGAAGGAAGACGUUUUAAGAAACCAGGAUGGGGACUGGACUGGGAGCAGUGGCAGUACAGGAACCGAGGUCAUCAAAAGUUCAGCGGACAGUUCCAAGGAGCUGCCACAGAAGAAGAAAUGGUACAGCUAUGAGGAGUAUGGAUUGUACCGCUGCCUAAUCUGCAGCUACGUCUGCAGCCAGCAGCGAAUGCUAAAGACCCAUGCCUGGAAGCAUGCUGGUCUCGUCGACUGCUCUUACCCUAUCUUCGAGGAGGACAUCGGGGCUCCUGCAAUAAGAGAGUUCAAGGCUGCAGCUAACCCUGCCACGACCAGAGAGGAGAUGGUAGUUUUUUCCCCAGCUCUUCAAGAUAAAGGCCUGCAAAAGCUCCCCACUGGCUUCAAGCUCCAGCUCUGUGUGCCACUGGGUGUCGACAGUAAACAGGAUCUCUUAAAUCAACCUGUUUCUGAUGUUGAUGAAAGUCCAGACACGGCAGAGGAAGAGGAGGAACAUGCGUACUCUAUCAAAGACCUGACCUCCGAGGAGCCCCUGGUGGAAGUGCAGGUGAUGACGUUGGCGGAGUCUGAGGUUGAGAUAGAUGGUCACCAUGAUAGUGGCUCUAUUACGGACAGCUUACUGUCGUCAGCCCAGAAGAUUAUCAACAGCAGUCCCAACAGUGCCGGCCGGAUCAACGUGAUUGUAGAACGUCUUCCCUCGGCUGAGGAUUCAGUCAUGGCACCUAACCCACUUCUUCUUAGCCCAGAUGUGGACAGGGACAAGAGCUUACAGGAUGUGGAGGAGCCAGAGCGUGACCACAUUGGAGCUGUGAAGGAGGAGGAGGUCCUUGGCUGGAGUGCAGACGCUGCAGACAGCCCGGCAUCAAGUGCUGAUAUAAAAUCCUCCGUUACCAUAAGUAGCAACUCUCCACGGGAUGAAAACGUUCCCCCAGCUAGUCGUAAGAGGACACAUUCUGAGUCCCUCCGCCUGCACUCCCUGGCUGCUGAGGCCCUGGUAGCGAUGCCUAUGAGGACCCCUGAGCUCUGCACCUCCAUCCUCAAAGCACAAGACGUGGGAACAACGGCAGCUCUAUUGGACUUGGGCCUUCACAGGGAGGACAGUGAGGAAGAAGAGUUGGGGCCCCUGGGACUCAGGGAGGGAGACGAGGAGGGGCCUACAACUAAAGCUGGCAUUAGCCUGUCGCUGCUCACUGUCAUUGAGAGACUCAGAGAGCGCUCGGACCAGAAUGCCUCUGAUGAAGAUAUCCUAAAAGAGCUUCAGGACAACGCACAGUUCCAAAACGGGGCCGUGGCCGGUGUGGUCACAGGCAGCGGGGCUGGGAGUUACACGUGUGCCAUUCCAAGAAUGGAUGGGUUGGUGGCUUCUCCUGAUGGUGGUCUGGUGGACUACCUCCCCGGCAGUGAAAGGCCAUACAGAUGCCGCCUGUGUCGCUACAGUAGUAGCAACAAGGGCUACAUCAAACACCACCUGCGGGUUCACAGGCAGAGGCAGCCGUAUCAGUGUCCCAUCUGUGAUCACAUCGCCUCAGACAGCUUGGACCUGGAGAGCCAUAUGAUCCACCACUGCAAGACCAGGAUGUACCGGUGCAAGCAGUGCCCAGAUGCCUUCCACUAUAAGAGUCAGUUAAGAAACCAUGAAAGAGAGCACCACAGCUUCAGUAGCGACAUGGCAGCCUUCACAGCCGUCACUGAAGCUGCAGCCGCAGUGGAGGAAGCUGAGCGAGAAGCAGACCACGAUUGUGCAAAGCAGAAGAUGUACAAAUGUGAUGUGUGCGACUACACCAGCUCCACAUAUGUCGGGGUGAGAAACCACAGACGGAUUCAUAACUCUGACAAGCCUUAUCGGUGCUGUAGCUGUGACUUUGCCACCACCAACAUGAACAGUUUAAAGAGCCACAUGAGGAGGCACCCCCAGGAGCACCAAGCUGUGCAGCUUCUGGAGCAGUACAGGUGCUCUCUGUGUGGCUAUGUGUGCAGUCACCCUCCGUCACUCAAGUCGCAUAUGUGGAAGCACGCCGGAGACCAGAACUACAACUACGAGCAAGUCAACCAAGCCAUUAAUGAGGCCAUCUCCCAGAGCAGCCGAACUCCUCAGAAGUUGUCUGCAGUUCCGGAAUCAGUGGCGGACCACCCUGCGGUGGCCCAUCCCUCAAAGGACAGAGUAAAGGCCCCGGUGGAGCAGAUAACACCCACACUGACAACAGCAGCAGUUGAUCCAGCCGCAGACAGCUCGACUGGCCUCCACACACCCACCACAGACCCCUCACAGUGGUCAGCUGAAUCCCCAAGUCCCCCGGACAGUGACCCUGCACAGAUCCCCUCUCAGUCCCAGAGCCAGCCUGUCGGCCAGACCCCCGUCCCGGGCCCCAGCAUGGAGUACUGUGUGCUCUUAUUCUGUUGCUGCAUCUGUGGCUACGAGUCCACCAGUAAAGAGCGGCUGAUGGAGCACAUGAAGGAGCACGAGGGAGACAUCAUCAGCAUCAUCCUCAACAAGGAGCAGCAGCAGCAGCAGCAACAGCAAGCUGAAGUACAACCAAGCCUCCAGACAGCAGAGUGAGACCUGUCCUUCUCUACUUUUCUCUAUAUCAACACUGACCCUGCGCUCUUACAAGUAUCUGCCUCACACAGAACAGUUUCAUUAUAUUUCUUUACCUCAAGGUGGCUGUGGGUUGUAGGUUUAACCAUUUCACGUCUACCACACCCACGUAGUUUACUGCCAUUUCUCAGCAUGUAGGUUGGUGACAAAGGCUACAUCCAUGUUACUCCAUUUUCAUUAUUAACCUGGUGUCCACACUACUCCAGAGUUUCAGAGCAGCUAUAACAGAGAUGUUUGGAGAAGUGUUUGCGUCUGGACAGGCAGAAAUAGAGAUGUUUCGAAACCUGAAGAAAACAAUAUGGAAACUUAUUUCAGUUUUGUUUUUUUUCAAACUAAAACAUAGUAGUAUGGAUGUAGCCAAUGGGCUGAAGUAACUUUGGUCCAAUACACACACCUUGAACAGGUGUGGGGAAAUAUGAUGGAAAGGUUUUCUGUGUGGCAUAUCCUUUAAAAGGAAUGUUAAAUAAAACAUAGAACAACGCUUAUAAGCCGUUAAUAUUUGUAUCAAAUAAUUUGACAUGAGAGACACAAUAUGUGUCUUUAGGGAAGCAACGUUGAUUUCAAGGGACAAACCCCAGCUUUAGCCCAAGUUUUUCACUAUACAGGGACAAGUUCAUACCUCACAAAACCACACAAUCCCUCAGCAGGAAUGGAGAAAAGCAAAGAUGACAUAUUUUCCAGUCUAAUUCAUAUAUCGACUACAAGGCAGCUCUUUUAUUGCUACUGUAAUAUUUAAUGUAUUUAAUUAGAAAGCAGUCGCUCUAGACUUUUUAUAGGAGGUACAUGUGCAAACUCACAAAUGCCUAAGGGCACACAUCACAGCUUGAAUAUGAUAUAAUAUCAGGUUUUUAUGCACGUUAGUUUCUGUUCUGCCCAUUUCAAGAGGCAAAUGUUUCUUAUUUGUUAUUUGCAUUAUACAUAUUUUUGUAUGAGUGACUGUAAUUUUACUGUGGGAUUGUUUGUAAAGUAGCGUCUUUAGAGGAGAAUGUAAUUGCUCUCAGUGGUGAUGUCGAGGAUGAUCUAGUGCAAAGUAGAAACAGGUGGAGGAUGAGCAAAGUCUUCUGGCCACAGAUGUUUGGUUUUGAUUAAAAGGAAUGAUUUAAAAGGGAAGUUAGCACAGGUGGGUGUUUGGUGCCUAGAUAUUUGAGAGCAAGAAUAUGUGGUAUUGAAUCAGACCCACCUGUUUUCACUUACGAUUGCGGUGCUAUGCACAAUAUUACGUUUAGUCAAGGUCUUUUUCAUAGCCCAUCACAUUUAUGGUGUAUAUAACAUUUGUAUUAUAAUUUUUUUGUAAGUGUUUUUAAAAUAUAAGCUUUUACACAUACAACUUUUUAGUGGCCAAAGUACACAAGAAUACGUGGAUGUGAAAGUCCCAUGCGACUGAAUACAUUAUCUGUGAUAUAACGACUCUCCGCUCAGAAAAGUGUCAUGAUGAUAAAACCUCGACCAAUGUAGGCUUCAUGUUUUCUAUGAUGAUCUGAAUGUCUUCAAACAGAAAACAAGGCAAAAAAUGGCUUCUCUAUGAAGGGAUACAAAUUUAACUGACCACCCAGAAGCAUAUGACAAAUCUUAUUCUGAUAUUAGGAAAAUUGUCUUAAUUUUAUAAGGAAAAGGUAAUAUGAGAAAAAUUUAAAUUUGGGAAAUAAGCAGCAAAAAAAACCAUCAACCCUAGCUUACCAAAUCUCCAGCUCCUCUGGAUCCAAAAUCUUGAACAAAUCUCAUUGUUUGUUGAGAAACGACAAACAAUGAGAUGUUGUAUGAAAUCCUUUUGAGUACAUAUAAUUUUAACAGUCAACCAUUACUAAACAUUUCCUCCUCCACAAAAAAGGCAUGUCCUCAUAAUAGACAUUUUUUUUCACAGUCUCUUUUUCUUCCAAGUCCUGAUUCUUAGGACAAUAUGGUGCUGAUGAGCCAAAAUAUGAAGUAUGCUGUAAUUUAACAAACCUAAAUUAAAGUAUAACUUAACAAUGUGCUCCACAUUCCUCAUUUUAACACAGGCGACAGGCAUCAGCCUGAUAUUCUCCCUUGAAAAUGACAUGCAACUUAAAAUAAUGACUUUACUUUUCUUGUACAUUUAAGACUGUAUUCUUGUAAUAUUCAGCUUAAAUCUAGUAAAAAACUCUAUUCUCAUAAUAUUAUCACCUUAUUCCCCGAUUAUUUUUUUUCACCUUAAGUGACCCUAAUGCUUAUCGUAGAAACGCGUUCCCCAAAAUAUGUCUCGCACUUUAAUGUAGAUUCAUGUCCAACUACCUGUGCCAUGCACCCAGGAUGUAAAGUUAAAAAGAGAUGUUUUCAUGUUGAUAACCAAGUAGCCUUACAAAAGAAUAAUUCUGUUGGCCAAAAACGCACCAGGGUCAAUUCAAAGUUGAAGCUUAGAUUUUAAACCAAGCAGUCAGUUCUCCCUCCCAUCUAAUGUGUCAUCCAGUUCUGCCCUGCACAGCGCACCAUGUCACAUUAGAGGACCGGUGUGUAGGAUUUAGGGGGAUUAUGUUUUCAAAAGGGAAUAAUCUCCUGUAACUAAGAUUUGAUGUGUUUACUUAAGCUUCGAAUGAGCUUUUAUUUCCACACUCCGAGUGGAUCCUCUUCCACCGAGGUUUCAACACGAGCCCAGAAUGGACAAACCAUAGAAGGGGAGGGGUACUCAGUCUGCUACCUCACCUCUACUGCUAAACCCUACGCACUGGUCCUGUAAUUCAUCAGUAUGCCACCCCCUCCUUCAAUCCACACAGACAGAGGCUGUGGAAAUUAAGAUAAAAUGGAAUAUACAUAAUUCAUGCCCAUCCCCCAAUCCACCCCACUUCGCCUUACAUAACGCAAAAGUGUGUGUGUGUGGGUAGACGUGCGUGUACAUGUGUGUGUGUGAAGCGUAGAGGGUGAAACUAAAUUAAAUCUGUAUCUCAAAGCCCUUAUACCUGGCCUGGACGUCUCAUUAUCAUACCGGAUAAUUAUUGUCUGGCUUUUAAUUUGUCUGAAUCAAAGGAGACAGUGACAUGUCUGUAUGAAGAAAAAAAAUUAAAUCUAAGUGAGGCUUCAGUGUCCCUCCUGUCUGAUUAACUUGACAUUCAUUUUAAUGAGCAGUGAACAUUAAAGACGAGUCCGACCGCAGCCACACACAGACAGGCCCCGCCCACCGCUCUCCUCUCUGUUGUGAGGAUGCUGCCAUGAAUCUGAUCGCUCCUGAUAAUUCACCUCCAAAAUUUGUGGAAAAAAAUGACGUGGCUUUUAUCCUUGUUCACCUGGAACUUUAUAUUUAUAUUUUUGGCACAAAAGUAGUGCUGCCAC